UAUACUCUUACACCACUGGCACAAGAAGUCAGAGCACCUUGUCAUGACUAGCCCCUAAAGGGCUGUUCUCUGAACUCUUUUGGUUAUGUUUUGAAAUCUCUUUUGGACUCCUUUGGACUUUGGUUACGUUUUGUUCACUGUUCCUGUUUUAUUUUGAAGUCAUGGCCCUUGUGGUCUAGUUCUAUUUCCUGUCUUUGUCUUGUUUCCCUCCUGCCCUGCCCUAAUUGGUUUCACCUGUUGCCCAUUGCCUUGUGUGUUUAAGUCUAGUCAUUUGCCUGUGUUCUUGUCAGCUGUGUCCAUGCCCGUGUCGAUACCCAAGUCUGUACCUGAGUGUGUGUCUUCCCCGUGUUUGUUCCCGUACCUGUGCCGUGCCUUGCAUUUUUCCCACCUCAUGGACUUAUGUUGGUUUCCUCCAUUUUCAUGUCUCAAGACAAUGGAGACGACCACCACCCCUUUCUAUCAAAACAAUACAACGAAUGCAUCAGAACCAAAUGGCUCUGAUGAAUAUGUCCAGUAUGUAAGAAAGUCUCUUAACAUCAUGUCUCUCAUUGUUUACUGCCUGGCCUUCGCUCUUGGUGUGCUCGGUAAUGGAGUGGUUAUCUGGGUGACCGGGUUCAAGAUGAAGAAAACAGUUAACACAGUUUGGUUCCUCAACCUUGCUGUGGCCGACUUCCUCUUCACAGCAUUCCUGCCUCUGGGUGUGACAUACACAGCCAUGGAUUUCCACUGGGCUUUUGGUAACUUCAUGUGCAAACUGAACAGCACCAUAAACUCUCUGAACAUGUUUGUCAGUGUCUACAUCCUGGUGGUGAUCAGUGUGGACAGAUGUGUGUCCGUGGUGUGGCCCGUAUGGACGCAGAACCAUCGGAGCGUACGCAGGGCGUCCUACGUGAGUCUGGGUGUUUGGGUCCUGUCUCUGAUUCUCAGCAUUCCAGCCUUCAUCUUCAGGGACACUGAACAAAUAGACGAAAUCAACCUCUGCUUCACCAACUUCGCUCUGUCAGAUGAUUAUGAAACAGAAUCUGUGCAACAGUUACGAAGCUUUCAUCAUCAGGCUGUGAUCAUCACCCGCUUCAUCCUGGGAUUUGUUGUCCCCUUCACUGUCAUUGUCUCCUGCUAUGCUGUGAUAAUCCAUCGUCUGAGGAGGAACCGCACCCUGGCCAACCAGUCAAGUCGACCCUUUAAGAUCAUCGCUGCCGUCAUCACCGCUUUUUUCCUGUGCUGGGCUCCUUUUCACAUCCUGGCUCUAAUUGACAUGGUCAAUCACACAACUAAACAUUCCAGUCAAACAUUAUUCCAUGUCGUCGCUAUCGGUGCCCCUAUAGCCACCAGCCUGGCCUUUUUUAACAGUUGCCUGAACCCCCUGCUGUAUGUGUUCAUGGGCCAAGAUUUCAAGGAUAAAGUCCGUAAAUCCAUUCUGAAUGUAUUGGAGACUGCCUUCCAGGAGGAAGUUUCUCGCCCUUAUACCCACACAAGCUCAAUGGUGACCAGUCGCAGUAAAGAGUUGUCUGUUACUGAUGCUGAGGUAUAAGGCUGUCUGUGACAUGAGGAAAGUGUAAAACAAAUGCAGUAACUGUAGAUUGGAAAGCAUUUUCACACAAAUGUGAUUGUAUGGGAUAUUUUUAGUGUGAUAAAUAUCUUUAUCAUAACCUAUUAUAUUUCUAACAGCUUAGUUUUACAUUGUUCUUUAACCCUCAGACAACACAUAAUGAAAAAACACAGUAAAACAGAAUGACACACUUGUUGAAUGACUGUGGUCAUGAAUAAUUUAAUAUGUAACAUGAACCUGUGUAUAAAAGCUAAUUCUAAUGUGUAGUUCACUCAAGUGCAUCUCAGUCUAAGGACAGUAAACAUCUGAAGGAAAGACAAAGGAAAAUCUGAUUAAGACCUCUAAACAGGAUCUUAACAGAAGGGAAUGCACAGAUAAUCUAGAUCAGUGAAAUUACCCCAGAAUUCUACUAUUGUUUUGGAAAAGGAUAUAUUUUUAUGUCAGACCUGUAGGGUUGCAUCUAUAGAGGCAGCAUAGUCAAUGUGUCCAUCUUUCAAGUGCAAAGUGGCAAAGGAGGAGCAGUCUGCUAUUUUAUAAAGCCCUCAGUAAAUGAUACAUGGUGUCCUGACUUUCUUGUAACGUGGCACUGAGUGAAGGCGGGGGGCAUUCAAAUGUGUAUAUUUGUGCAUAUUUAAGUCAACAGCAUGCAGUAAUGUGCUGCAGAACUGGAUGCUUCUCAGACCAGGGAUCAUAAACUUUUUGAAGGAAAUAAAGUUUGUUUUCAGUAGUUUUUUUGUGCCAUUGUCAGGUAUUAUCAAUAAAUUUCACAUCCUUUCCUGUU